AUGGGCCAGAAGCCGAAGAUUGGCGGGUUUAUCUCUGAUAUCGUCGGUGAUAUGUUCCCGCCUGCGGAUCCGAAGACGAAGGACAAGGGGUUGGGGCAGGAAGCGCAUGGACGAUGGGCUAUGCUGUGGGUGCAUGAAUGGGGACAUCUGUUGACGCACUUCCGCGAUCCCGACGCCGUAGACGCAAGUGGUAAGCCACUUGACAAGGAUCCAUCCGGCAAAACCAAACGAGUCUAUGGGUGGGAGAAAGUCGUCGACUAUGCCAAGCAUGCAAAGCCAGACGACAUCGCUAAGUCGCCAGAUAAUCUGGCGUACUUUGGCGCGGCGAUGUAUUGGAGGGAUAUCCAUUGGGCUAGUGGUUACGCGAGGACAGAACCGGAGCCCGAGGCUGGACCCAAGGCGGGUGGGAGUGGUGGUGCUGGGAGGUCGAAGCGAGAGUCUAGGGUUAUGCGUAGGCUGUUGGAGGCGUCGAGGGUUGAUUGA